UACCAUACCAUGUGACUUCCAAGAUUUGCUUACUGAAAAAAUAAAAAUUCUGUUUUCUAGUGCACAAUUAAUAUAUGGCUGCUGAAGAAGUACUAUUAUUCAAGCUCUUUGAUACUUAUUGGUUUGAACAAGGAAUAUUAUUUACCAACAACAAUAGAUUCUCAUAUGAUGUACAAGACAGAAAAGUAUUUCAAGAAAAUCCCCAUGAAAUUCAAGAAUCAACAAAGGUCUUAGGUCGAUCACAAAGUGAUCCUUCAAAAAUGUUGUCAGAUGCAUGUCGGAUCGUUCAAAAGCAGCACAUUUUUGAGGAACCGGAUACAGGCACAGCAAUAUUAUUGAAGAGUCCGAGUUUUAGUCAACUUGGGAAUUCUCCAACUUCUGUGAUUAUCACACAUAACAAAGUUGCAGUAAAAAUGAAGGAUAAUAAGCAGAAGAGAAAGAUGAAGGCUAAACACGGAGGAGUUAAGGGAAUUAUUCGUAUUCAGAGAAGCUCAUCGGAGCUUGAACUAGAGGAAUUAAAGGGAUUUAUGGAUUUGGGAUUCGAGUUUAGUGAAGAAGAUAAAUACUCAAGCUUGGUUACAAUUGUUCCGGGAUUGCAGAAAUUGGGAAACAUUGAAGUAGAAAAUAGUAGUGGUAAAAAGAGGGAUAUUGAUCAUAAAAGGCCUUAUCUUUCUGAAGCAUGGGAGAUUCUUGAAAAAAGAAAGAUGAGUAGGAAAUUGUUGAAAUGGAGAUUUCCAUCUAUGAAUAAUGAUAUGAACAUGAAAGAUAAUCUUAGAUUUUGGGCUCAAACUGUUGCAUCAACUUUCAGAUGAAUAACACAACAUUGUUUGUGCUUUUUUUCUUAUUUUCUCCUCUAUUUUUUUCAUCAUUUUCUUCUUUUUAUUUGUUUGUAAUUUGCUUCACAUAUUGAGGCCUAAUUGGGCUUGUUGCAACUUUAAAUAUAGUUUGAUUCUUUCUUC